GAUAUUUUAAGUGUGCAAACUUUGCAUAGGGCAGGGGAGAAACGGUUUAAAAAGCAACAGCAGUUGGAAGAAAAAUUGACUUACAAGUUACGUGCCGAGGAAAAAAUCAGGGAAAAAUUGUGGAGCUUAGCCAUUCUGAGUGCGCUCGUAGAACAACUCCUGCUAAAAUUAUUAGUGAUCGCA